GUUACCACUCGAGAACCGAUCAACCAGCACCAUGGCUUCCGAAGUUUCAACGACCAUAACGCAAGACACGCCAUCCACCAACCCGAAUCCGGUGACCAAGAGUCUCAACUUCUCCAUAGCGAAAAUCAUGGAGCCCGACACGAAACUAAUGAAGAAAACAUCGGACCACGAGCGAAUAAAACAAGCCCACGUCCCAUACUCCUCCCCUCUGGAGUCCGCGUUCAAGAAGUACGUGCCGAACGUUCUGAGAUCGCCAGAACUCCUCCAGCAAUACCCCCUGGUCUAUUACCACCCCAGUCAGUUGAUGUUAGGAUCAGUAUCUGUCUACCCUAGCUCGGAAGUUAGAACUGCGAACUCUUUUCCAGAAGUACCCACCGCCCAGCAAAUGACCAAGAUGACGUCGAUGAAGAGACCGGGGGGUCAGUUCGAGCAGAAGAGUAACACUUCACCGACCCAAGCCAAGCAGAAGAGUUUCGAGUGCGGGGAGUGCGGUAAAGUGUUCAACGCCCACUACAACCUGACGCGGCACAUGCCGGUUCAUACGGGCGCUAGGCCUUUCGUCUGCAAAAUAUGCGGUAAGGGCUUCAGGCAGGCGUCCACCUUGUGCAGGCACAAAAUAAUCCACACGUCUGAGAAGCCCCACAAAUGCCACACCUGCGGAAAGGCUUUCAACAGAUCGUCAACCCUGAACACCCACGCAAGGAUACACGCGGGUUAUAAGCCUUUCGUGUGCGAGUACUGCGGAAAGGGUUUCCACCAAAAGGGCAACUACAAGAAUCACAAACUGACGCACAGCGGGGAGAAGGCCUACAAGUGCACCGUAUGCUCGAAGGCCUUCCACCAAAUCUAUAACCUCACUUUUCACAUGCACACCCACAACGAUAAGAAGCCCUUCACCUGCAGGGUGUGCGGGAAGGGUUUCUGCCGUAACUUCGACCUCAAGAAGCACAUGAGGAAGCUGCACGAGGGCUCGACAAGCGCAGAGUCCGAUUUCCUACCGACAGGUCCAUCGCAGAAUUCGGUUUAUGGGGGAGAGAGAGACAUUCACCAUUUCAUAAGCCCUUUUUUGCUGCCGUCUUCUUCGCGCCCACCAGUUCCAGUUUAUUCGUCGAAACUGUUAUGACCGAUAUGAGGAGGCAAGUGCCAUUAAACAAUUUUCUGAUCUCUUUUUCAA